CGACCAUGCGCUGAGGACCUUUUUGUGAGACGGUAUCAUAAGAAAUAGGCUUUUUAAAGUCCCAUCCGAAGACACCAUGACGGGGAAAGAAGGCGCCGUGCUGUCGGAAAGUUUACAGGUAUCGGAGCAAACCUCUCUUGGUGCAAAUGGAGGGAGUAACAGCCACCAGCCGAAGAACAGCGCGACCCAUCCGCCUCCCAGAUGCACCGGCUUCGGCAUCCAGGAGAUCCUGGGGCUGAAUAAGGAGCCGUCCGCGGCCCUGAGGAGCCCGCUGAGCUCGCUGCCGGCCGCGGCGCACCUCAUCGCCGCUCGGUCCUUCCUGGGCCCCGCCGGCAUGGGACUAAUCGACCCUUUGAAGAAGCUGCUGCUGCCUCCAGUGAAGAAGUGGCUGCUACCUCCAGUGAAGAAGCUGCUGCUGCCACCAGUGAAGAAGUGGCUGCUACCAGUGAAGCUGCUGCUGCUGCUGACCAUGAAGCAGCUGCUGCCGCCAGUGAAGAAGUUGGGAAAUCAGGAUCUGACUGAGGUCGAAACAACAGAUUCUGAUGAAUAG